UUCACUCAAAAGAAAUUUAGGUAUAAGUAUUGAGCCCGUGACUCGAACAGUUAAUCGUGCGGCGACAUGUUGAGGCGACCUCCUCUGUUGUUUUGUGCUUUGUGCGCGUUGUGCGUUUUUUCAACAUCGGCUAGCGCCAAGAUUGAUCAUGAAGUAGCGGAUGCACUGAGACCGCACUUGCACAAAGAUCCAUGCAGACUUAAGCCGUCGGAAAGUCAUUGUCAUGAGGCUGUGAAAACUUUCUUGAAGAUACCUGAGCACGACCGCGGCCGAUGCAAGAGCGUGAUUGGCUAUAAUUGUAGCAGACGCAAGCACUGCACGCUCGUCUUGAAUAAUGGAUCAGGAGACCAUCAAAGAAAAUUAAGAUGGUGCAUAAAAAAAGCAGGAGUAAGGGAUGAUGGACACCAGAUCAACACCCACAAACACAAGCACCACGACCACAGUCAUCAAAAACACAAGAGUCACAAGCACAAAACCAACAAACGCCAUGACCAUACACACGAAGAACACAAACACGAGGGCCACAAACACGAGAGCCACAAACACAGGAGCCACAAACACGAAGACCACGAACACAAGGACCACACGCACAAAGACCACAAACGUAAGGAACACAAACACGAAGAUCACAAGCACGAAGAUCACAGACGCGAGGCGCACAGACACAAGGAUCGCAAACAAGAGGUCUACGAACAGGAUGACCACAAACACAAGGAUCACAAACACGAAGUUCGCAAACAGGAGGACCACAAACGAAAGGAUCACAAACACGACAACAGCAAGGAUGAGGACCACAAGGACGAGGAACUCAAGGGUAAGGACCUCAAAGACGUGGACCAUAAGGAUGACGACCACAAGAACGAGGACCACAAGGACGAGGAUCACAAGGACGAGGAUCACAAGGACGAGGACCACAAGGACGAGGAGCACAAGGACGAGGACCGCAAGGAUGAAGAUCAUAAGGACGAGAAUAACACGGUCGAAACCCCUAAAGUCGAUGAUCCCAAAAACGAGAAUUCCAAGAACGAGGAUUCCAAAGUCGAGGAUCCUAAAGUCGAGGAUCCUAAAGUCGAUGAUCCUAAAGUCGAUGAUUCUAAAAUCGAAGAUUCUAAGGACACAGACCUCAAAGAGAAGGACCCCAAAGAUAUGGACCCCAAAGAUAUGGACCCCAAAGAUAAGGACCCCAAUGAUGAGAAUUCCGCGGACGAGGAUCUCAAAAGCAAGGACCUCGAGGACAAGAGCCCUAAAGACAAAAGCCCGAAAGGUAAGACUCCUACAGAUAAGAGCCCUAAAGCCAAGAGCACUAAAAAUGAAGACACCAAAGACAAAGAACCCAAAAAUGAAGACGCCAAAGAAGAUGAUCCCAAAGACGAAGACACCAAGGACGAGGGCACAAAAGACGAGGACGCCAAAGACGAAGACACCAAGGGCGAGGACGCCAAAGAUGCGGACGCCAAAGACGCGGACGCGAAAGAGGAAGACUCCAAAGAUGAGAAUUCUAAAGAUGAGGAUUCUGAAGAUGAGGAUUCUGAAGAUAAGGAUCCCAAAGACAAGAGCCCAAAAGGAAAGAAUUCUAAAGGCAAGAGUUCCAAAAACGAGAAACUCAAGGACAAGGAGCCAAAAGACGAAGAUCCGGAAGACGAGGAUCCAAAAGACAAGAUUUCUAAAGGUAAGAAUUCCAAAGACAAAGGCUCCAAAAAUAAGAAACCCAAAGACGAAGAGCCCGAGGAUGAGGAGUCCAAGGAAGAGGAGUCCAAGGAGGAGGAGUCCAAGGAGGAGGAGUCCAAGGAGGAGGAGUCCAAAGACGAGGACCCCAAAGUCAAGAGCCUCAAAGGAAAGAACUCCAAAGACAAGGGCUCGAAUAGCAGAAAACCUAAAGAUGAGGAACCUGAAGACGAGGACCCGAAAGAAAAUGACACCAAAGACAAGGGUACCAAAGUCAAGAGCCCUACAGGCAAAAGCCUCAAAAACCAGAGCUCCAAAGACGAAAAAUCUAAAGACGAGGACACCAAAGAAAAAAGCAAAAAAGGUGGGCACUCUAAAGGUGAGAACUCCAAAAACGGGGAACCCGAAUACGAUGACCAAGGAUGAAGCAUCAAACAAGGAGCAAAUAGGUUUUGAGAAAUUUUCAAGGAUACGAGAAAAUCAUUUUACUAACAUUGACAUUUUUGGCGCAGCAUGCGCCCUCGCGCUAUUUUGGCAGCAUAAAAAAAAAUGCAAUUGACUUGAAUACAAUGCUUAAAUUAAUACCUUACUUCACAGGGUUUUCUUCAUAAUUAACAAAGGACUCAAAUGUUAACUUUGAAAUAUAAUUAUAUAUUAUUCCUCUUGCAAGGUUAUUUUUUUCUUGAUUAAAACUCAAAAAAGUUGA